AUGGCGGAGUUUGUCAUAAUCCAAACUGAAGCUGAUCAAAAAUUGCCCAAAUCAGUUGGAGGAAGUUGUGACACAAUCGGUGCCCGAAAUUCCUUGGGGCCAAAGUUUCUUGCUGCAAUUGGUGCCCAUGAAUACUUUUCACCAGAGAUGUGGAGAGCAGCUCUGACAGAAUUAGUAGCAACCGCUUCUCUAGUAUUCAGCCUAACCUCUUCCAUCAUAUCAUGCUUGGAUUCAGGUGAAGUUGAUCCGAAACUGCUUGUCCCCAUUUCCGUCUUCAUCAUAGCCUUCCUCCUUCUCCUUGUGACAGUUCCGUUAUCGGGCGGCCACAUGAGCCCAGUUUUCACAUUUAUAGCUACCCUCAAGGGUGCCAUAACCCUAGCUCGUGCUUCCAUCUACAUUUUGGCACAAUGUUUUGGCUCAGUUUUAGGGUUUCUCAUAAUGAAGACUGUGAUGGACCAACAUGCAGUACAAAAGUACUCCUUAGGUGGCUGCACAAUCCAAGGAAGUGGGCCCACAUCUGGGGUGGAGACACAAACAGCUUUGGUACUAGAAGUUACUUGCACUUUUGUGGUUCUCUUUGUUGGAGUCACAGUGGCAUUUGACAAGAGAAGAAGCAAAGAAUUAGGGUUACCAAUGGUGUGCGUUGUGGUGGCUGGGUCUAUGGCAAUUGCAGUUUUUGUGUCGGUAACGGUAACCGGGCGUGCUGGGUACGCCGGGGUAGGACUGAAUCCGGCAAGGUGCUUAGGGGCAGCACUGUUGCAAGGAGGGAUAUUGUGGGAUGGUCAUUGGGUUUUUUGGGUUGGACCAAUUUUGGCUUGUAGUGUGUACCAUUGUUUGUCCUUGAACUUGCCAAAGCAGGAUUUAACGUCAGUAGAAGAAGAGUGUGAGAUUAUGAAAGGAGAAAGAAAUGUAUGAAGGGCUUGAAAUUAAACACGUAAAAACAUUCUACCUUGAGCUCUACCUUAAGUGGUGUUUUGAUCACCAA